AUAUGUAUAUCAAUGAAGGAGGCCAAAUCAUCUUGGAAGAACUCUCAUCUUACUAUGGUUUUGAUGGCUUUCAUAUGGAUAUAAGUGAACACUCUGCAGUGAGGUUGCACAAAGGCUGGAUAGCUCCAGACACAUCACACACUAAUUUGAUCAGAGAUUGGAACUUGCUAAUGCACCAUACAUGCUUGGAUAAAAGCCAUCUCAUACAGAUUUACGAUGCCCUUCAAUUCAUACUUGUAUGGACAGAGGAGUCAACUCUUCCUAUGUUGGUUGGCAAGAUAUUAAUUGAGCCAAUUGAAUGGGAAGUAGUAUGGGCCCAAGAUGACUUUUCAAUGCCCUUUUCUAUGUGCAGUGGAUCAUUUACCAUUCAUAAUUUGUCUGUCACUCAGGAGCACUCUCUUCACAUAGCACCCUGGGACCAUGGGUCAUCUGAAUAUUAUACAAGAAUACAGCAGAUAAUGGUGUACUCAUGGUUUGCACAAGCUUCACAACUGUCAUUGUCCUCUUCUCAGGACAUAAGGGGCCUUGAUCAUAGGAUGCAUGGCAUAAAAUACAUUGGAGGUUGGUGUGGCAUAACAGAUGAACUGGGCAAUAUACUGACCAAAGUUCAGUGUGUCAAGACUGGUCCUUCUACCUUCAUAUAA